GGCGCGUCUAUUAUGCUGCCGGGGCCAGCGAGCCAAAGAGGAGCCGGCCGCGCGGGCCGGGAGGGGACGGCCGCCGGAGCCGCCGAGGCCAAGUGCUGCCCGACUGGGCCCAGACAUGGGAUGUCGCACCUCGGCGGGGAGCACAGCGGAAGCCAGGGCCUCGCCGAGCCGCUGCUGCCGUGACGGCCAGUGAGCGAGCAGCCGGAGGAUGUCCACCACGACGACGGUCACCCCUGCGGGGAUCCCGGCGGUCCCGGGCCCCGUGAACCCGCCCCCGCCGGAGGUCUCCAACCCCGCCAAGCCCGGCCGCAAGACCAACCAGCUGCAGUACAUGCAAAACGUGGUGGUGAAGACGCUCUGGAAACACCAGUUCGCUUGGCCCUUCUACCAGCCCGUGGACGCCAUCAAGCUGAACCUGCCCGAUUAUCAUAAGAUAAUAAAAAACCCCAUGGAUAUGGGGACUAUUAAGAAGAGACUGGAGAAUAAUUAUUAUUGGAGCGCAAGUGAAUGUAUGCAGGACUUCAACACCAUGUUUACAAAUUGUUAUAUUUAUAACAAGCCCACAGAUGACAUAGUGCUCAUGGCCCAAGCCUUAGAGAAAAUUUUUCUCCAGAAAGUGGCCCAGAUGCCCCAGGAGGAAGUUGAGUUAUUACCCCCUGCUCCAAAGAGCAAAGGCCGGAAACCAGCUUCGGGAACCCAGAGUGCAGGUACGCAGCAAGUGGCGGCCGUGUCCUCUGUCUCCCCGGCAACCCCCUUCCAGAGCGUCCCCCCCACGGUCUCCCAGACGCCCGUCAUCGCUGCCACCCCUGUGCCAACCAUCACUGCAAACGUCACGUCGGCCCCUGUCCCCCCGGCUGCCGCCCCACCCCCUCCCGCGACGCCCAUCAUCCCCGUGGUCCCUCCCACGCCGCCCGUUGUCAAGAAGAAGGGCGUGAAGCGGAAAGCAGACACUACCACGCCCACGACGUCCGCCAUCACCGCCAGCCGCAGCGAGUCGCCCCCGCCGCUGUCGGACCCCAAGCAGGCCAAGGUGGUGGCACGGCGGGAGAGCGGGGGCCGCCCCAUCAAGCCGCCCAAGAAGGACCUGGAGGACGGCGAGGUGCCCCAGCAUGCGGGCAAGAAGGGCCGGCUCUCGGAGCACCUGCGGCACUGCGACAGCAUCCUCAAGGAGAUGCUGUCCAAGAAGCACGCAGCCUACGCCUGGCCCUUCUACAAGCCGGUGGACGCCGAGGCCCUGGAGCUGCAUGACUACCACGACAUCAUCAAGCACCCGAUGGACCUGAGCACCGUCAAGAAGAAGAUGGACAGCCGUGAGUACCCAGACGCACAGGGCUUUGCAGCCGACAUCCGGUUGAUGUUCUCCAACUGUUACAAGUACAACCCCCCAGACCACGAGGUGGUGGCCAUGGCCAGGAAGCUGCAGGACGUGUUUGAGAUGCGGUUUGCCAAGAUGCCGGACGAGCCGGUGGAGGCGCCCACGCUGCCCGUGCCCGCGGCCCCUGUGGUCAGCAAGGGCAUGGAGAGCAGCCGCAGCAGCGAGGAGAGCUCCUCGGACUCAGGCAGCUCGGACUCGGAGGAGGAACGGGCCACGCGGCUGGCGGAGCUGCAGGAGCAGCUGAAGGCUGUGCACGAGCAGCUGGCCGCCCUGUCUCAGGCCCCAGUGAACAAGCCAAAGAGGAAGAAGGAGAAGAAGGAAAAGAAGAAGAAAGACAAGGACAAGGAGAGGCACAAGGCCAAGUCCGAGGACGAGAAGAAGGCCAGGGCGGCCCCGCCCGCCAAGCAGGCCCAGCAGAAGAAGGCUCCCGCCAAGAAGGCCAACAGCACGACUGUGGCUGGCAGACAGCCGAAGAAGGGCGGCAAGCAGGCGUCGGCCUCCUAUGACUCGGAAGAGGAGGAAGAGGGGCUGCCCAUGAGCUACGAUGAGAAGCGCCAGCUCAGCCUGGACAUCAACCGGCUGCCGGGGGAGAAGCUGGGCCGGGUAGUGCACAUCAUCCAGUCGCGGGAGCCCUCGCUCAGGGACUCCAACCCCGACGAGAUAGAGAUUGACUUUGAGACUCUAAAACCCACCACUUUGCGGGAACUGGAGAGAUAUGUCAAGUCUUGUUUACAGAAAAAGCAAAGGAAGCCAUUCUCCACGAGCGGGAAGAAGCAGGCGGCCAAGUCGAAGGAGGAGUUGGCUCAGGAGAAGAAGAAGGAGCUCGAGAGGCGGCUGCAGGACGUCAGCGGGCAGCUGAGCAACAGCAAGAAGCCCGCCAAGAGAGAGAAGUCAGGCUCGGCGCCCUCGGGAGGGCCCUCCCGGCUCAGCAGCAGCAGCUCUUCCGAGUCCGGCAGCAGCAGCUCCAGCGGGUCCAGCUCCGACAGCAGCGACUCGGAAUGAACUCUGGGCUCUCGCGGGCGGAACAGAACCAGCGGACGUCGCCCACGCCGAAACUCUGCAGUGUUCCCUUCUAUGGUUAAUAUACGAUUUUCGUUCCAUGGUGUGCAGGUUCUCUUCUUAAUUCAGUGUUAUGGUAUCUUCCAGUUUUGGCUUGAAUAGGUCAAAGAUCUUUCCGUGUGUGUCCAUUAGACUUUAUGAGAAGCUGUGAAUCUGCAUAACGCCUUUCCUUCGUAACUGAAUUCAGUCCCUUGGAGAUGACAACUUCAAACGCUAACCUGAUGACCGUAGAAAAACACGUAAGGUGUGAUCCGAAGGUUCUUGCAAAAUCCCUUUUCUUACGCCCGACCUGGUCUGUGGCUCCAGCGAGAAUUUCUCCAAAGGAGAUGUCUCGGAAAUGGUACCAUAUGUGAAAGCUCUUAGCUUAGCGAACAGGCGUUUGUCUUUGUCUUUGGGGGCCUGGGCUCUGACCCUCACGUCCGAGGGGUCACCUCUUUCUGCAGGGGCUGAGGACAGCCGUGCCUGCCCCUGCCGUGAGGGCCAGGGCUGGGCCCAAGCGGGGAGGGGUCAUCGUCACUGCAGCCAGAGCUCCCGCGGGUGGGGGACCGGCGAGGGUGGGCGUGGAAGGGAGCCGAGUUUUUCUGAUCUCUGUGACGUCGGGAGCUCCUGGGAGGGAACACAGUGGCUGCGUGUACAACGCGCGGGUUCCCAAACACUGAAACUUUUACCUCAACUUAAAAAAAAAAAAGAAAAAAAAAAAAAAGAAAAGAUUAAAAAAAAAAAAAAUACAGAAGGAGACUUUUUUGUAAGGUUCAGCAGUUUUCUACAAAAGGCCAGCCCCCACGUGUGUCCCCAGCCCAGCCGCUGCCACGCGCUCCGGAACCAUUGUCCCAGUUUCAUGUAUAUAUGAAUACUUUAUUUAUUAAGAUCAUUGGUCAUUUUUUUAAAAAAAAAAAAAAAGGAAAGAAAAACAAAACUGCAAAAGAAACACAUUAAAAAAAAAAAAAAAGUGGCAGAGACGCAGGCCUUUUAAAUGGUUUGAAGGGGAGCCCCAGACCCUGCUGGCCGGCGGGCCUCUCACGUCCAGGUGCUACAGCCUGCUGUCGCCGUGCCGGUGCUCAAUCACGUCUGUGCGCUUGCUCUCGUCUCGGGGCUGCUGGGGUUUUUCUUCUUGUUCUUUUUCGUGUGUGUAUGAAAUUUGGAGACUUACAGGUGUAGACGACUUCCAGCUGCAGCACAUUCUGAUUUUUUAUUUCGUUUGUUUAGUUCUUUUGUAUUCACUUCUGGUCUCUCUUAGGACUGUUUUAAAAGACUUCAAUUUAGGGAACCCCAGUUAUAUAAUAUAAACUUUGUAAUCUGAGAGAAGAAAAAUGUAUAGUAAAUCUAAGUCUUGAUUUUUAACUUUCUAUUGUAAAAAAUAAUAAUAAUAAUAUACAGAGUUUAACAGAAGGUUAUGUUUUGGUUUUGUUUUCUCCAGAGGCCGCCAUACGGCCUUUGAGUGCAGGGAUGCCCCAUCCACGCUGCCUGCCUACGCUCUGACCAUUGUGGCUUUGGCCAGGAAUGCAAGGGCCCCCGGAUGGGGCACCCCUGACCCCCCACCUCCAGGAGAGGGGCGCGGCCCCCGCUGCCCCACGCGGUCUUCCAGCCGCCAGCAGUGGCGGCCCGGGGCUCCCUGCUCACGCAUUUUCCAGUUAGCACAGAAGUGACUGCAACAGUCUCUCUCCCCGUGGAGACUUUACUGAGGGGGGUGCUGGGGGUGGAGCCGCGGGUGGCCUGGCCUCUUGUCUGGUGGCGAGUUCUUUCUGCCAGCACUUCUGGAUGGAUUGGCGGACUAGUUGUUGGUAUCCUAACAGGCGGUGGUUUCUAAAAAUCCUGAAGUCGACUUGGAUUCCACCAACACUUAUGGCUGGAGGAUACCUCUGAUGGGUACAGAACUCUGAUGAGGCGAUGGAUGGUGGAUUACCAUUUUUCUGACUGCUGGUGAUUCUGACCUUUGGGUGAGUUUUGAGCCAGUCUGUUCAACUUUUUUCAUUAAGUUUUGUUUGUAAUAAAAAUAUAAAUGGAUUUUAGACUUGCCAUUUUUUAAAGCUGCCCUGUUUUUCAAAGGUGUUUUCUAAGCAGAUCUUUAACGGAGUAAAUAACCUAUGACUUUAAGGAAUUACGACACGAUGGAAGGUCCUGAAGCAGGAUCUCAUGGGCAGUAUGCAGCAGGCACACAUCUGAGUAACAAACAGACCCCAGCCGGGGGGCCUGGAGGUGCUGGGGGCUCCCUUGGGGCGCCCCUCCAGCCGCGAGCGGGGAGGGUCACCUGUGCCAGCCACUCAGCGGGGGACAUCGGGCCCUAGAGCUGAGCGCAGCGGGGGCAUUUCCUUACCUGCUGGUUCUGUGUUGGAAGAGAUGUGGAGUCUCAGCCACCUGUGCUCCUUUCCUCUGAAAGAUCUGGUGGCUUUGACGCUGCCGGAGGGCUUAGUCUGUGCUGAGCGGUUGUAGUUCAUUGGUUUUUUAAGGCUUUCUGUCCAGACUUCAAAACUGAUUUCAGAGUUUUGGGGGGACCUCCUCCACCCCGCUGAGGUCAGCCUGUGGGGGUUCGCCAUUUCCAUUUCUCUGCGUUGGGCAGGCGGAGUUCCAGUGCCGAGAACCGGAGGGCAGCCUGUCAAGGCUCAGGGCCUGUGUUCAGUGGGUUGGCCUCGCGCAGGGCACGGAAAUGGCUUUGAAACAGUCCUCGUGAACCCUGGGGGCCGAGGGGGCGGCUUGGGCUGUUAACUGAAUUCCAGAGACCCUUGCUCACUCAUCUUGCUUACAAACUGUUAAGAUACGUUUUUCUUUUCUGUUUGUUUUUUGGUUUUUGUUCUUUUGCAACAUUCACAUCUUUUACAGUUUGGGGGGGGGGGGAACACCGCCCACGAUAAAGGAUUUGUUACACCUGGUGUAGCGCUGUUCCCUAAUACUGGCAUAACACUUCCAGGAGGUUUUUCUUUUUUAUAUUUAAAAUGUUACUUUUCUGUAUGAUGUGCAUGCAAGUUUACCGUAACUUUUCUUAAACUUUUUAGUGCCGUUUCUAGUAUAUUCCUGUAAAUGUCAGUUACUGAAAAUGAGUCCAAUGUAAGUAGUUUUAGCUUGUUUAUUGCAAUGCUGGCCUCAACACAACAGAAUAAAAAUGGUAGAAAGUACUCUUUGAUGUUUCUGGUAAUCAUGGACCCUUCUCCUGGGGCAUUUGUUUUGU